AUGAAGCUUAUUUCUGUCGUCGUUGCCGCUCUUGCAGCCACCAGUGUGCAGGCCGGAGUUUUACAGAAAUGGUGCGCACUGCCUGCUCAGGGCUGCUACAUGUUGAAACGUGCUGCCGACGCCAGUGGAGACGUUCGACGUUCUGCUGAGGCCCUUGCUGAGGCCAUGCCUGAUGCAGAAGCAUUAGCCAAGUGGUGUGCCCUGCCUGGUCAGGGAUGUCUCAAAGCUAAGCGGGCUGCUGAGGCUGUUGAAGACGCCAGACGUUCUGCCGAUGCCCUUGCAGAUGCUAUGGCAGAUCUUGAGGAGUACUAG